GUUGAAAGUCAUUGAAUGACUAUUGUGAAAUUUUCUACACCUUUCAGCAGCCCUGGCAUAUCUUGAUUAAAUUCUUCCUGUUUUGUUCUGUUCUUUAUCCUGCCAUUUGAAGUUAGUUUAAAAAAAUUCUGGGAAUGACCUUAGUGGGUCCUAUCAUUUUUAUUGUGUUAUUUUUAAAGAAAAAUCAAGACUUGAAGAAAAUAUACCAACUUUAAAAUGCAUAUAAUAACUGUUACCUUAAACGUGGUUUCCAGAGUUACAAAAAGUGUUGUAAUGUUCGAACGACAUAAACUUUGUAUUUGAAGUAUAUAUAUUUUUGGGGUUUGUUGUCUUGCUUGUGUCUCGCACAUUGACUGGCAAUAUAAUAUUAUACAAUUAGAGUUUAAAUAUCGUUAUAAGAUGCCUAAAAUGUCAAUCUAUGAUUCCAUUUCAGUGUUUAGAAGCCACUUGGAAAGCAGUUUGAUUUUUGAUAGAAAGUAAAUAAACGAUUAUAAUAUAGAAUGUUUUUACGUUACCUUUUGUAAGCUUAUCUUUUUUAAGCACACCGAACUUACUUAAGCGUUUAGAAUUGAUGUGGUUUAAAAGAAAGUAAAGCAAUUUCGUUUGAUUUUCAGCAAUUUUAAAUAUCCCUUUCAAAAUUUCUGUCAAAUUUGUAAAAAAUGCGUUUGGAGAACAGUGCGCUUCAUACUCAUUUGCCAAGUCCUAACGACGCCACCAACAACAAAGCGUCUUGCCCUGUUUGUCUUGAAAGUGGAAUACCACCCAGGUUUCUUCCAUGUAUUCACGUGAUAUGUGAUCCAUGUCUGCAGAAAUUGAUCACAAGCUCGGAGGAAAAUACUUUCAAAUGUCCCAUAUGUCGAAAAGUGUACCCCUCUGAUGCAUUUGCUCAUGUGGGAAGUCGACAAUACAGACAAACUGCGGAAACAUCUUUCUCAAGUCAAGGGAAUUUACCAACUAUUUCAGAAAGAGUUCAAAGCACAGAAGAUAGGGAGUUGGGUUACCGAGUGAUCAGAGACUCAAGAAUCAACCAGAGACCGCAAACACAUGUCUUUUACAAUAACGAAUCAGAAUGUGUCUGUUGUCGAUCGUGUAUAAAAACAAUGGCAUUUGGAGGUAAAACAAUUAUUAACAUAAUCAAUAAAAUAUAUAUAGAAUGGAAAAUUAUAUAACCAGUAUCAUUUUAAUGACACAAUCAGUAUCAAAUGAAAUAAUCAUGAAAGCAAACACUAUAAUGAUGUUGAAGCAUGAAUGACGAUUAUUAUUAUUAUUUAUUUCUACACCAUGAGUGUCAUUAACGGAUAGGUGUAAAUAUUUAAUUUUGUUGAACAGAGUAAAGUUUAACUAUUUUCACAUUAUAUAAGUGUAUUUGUUUAUGGUUUAUAUCAUUGCAUCUAUUGCUGCCCUUUUAAAAGAAAAAAUAGUUUGUUGUAAUUUGAUUUAGUUUAAUUGUUUUUGUGUUGUUGUAACAUAAAUCCCAAGUAAAAUAUUAGAAGCUAUAAGCUGAUUGAAACGAUUGAAAUGCUUUCCUUGAACCAGCCAAUACUAAGCAAUGAGUGUCAAGUUUCUUGCUAUUGCCCCUGACGGAGUUUCAACGCACGCGGUAAGCGAUCCUUAGAUUACUAGUCAUAUGGGCUCACCACUAGCCAGUAUUUGAAAAUUUUAAAAUGUUUAAAUAUGUAACAUGUAAAAAAAAUGUUUAUGUAGUUCCCAGCUGUAUAAUAGAAUCGUUAGGUUUUGGUCUAUUUCAAUUGAUACAUGUUUUAAUGCUAGAAUGUAACAUUUAAUUAUGUUUUCAGUUCUUAUGUUGCAUUUAAACUUAGUGGCAAUUGUAAGACUUUUUGCAGGUAACGUAUAUGAUGUUACUGGUUGAAUAAUCAAGUAACCUAAAAAGAACAAAUUUUAGAAAUUUAAAAUAAACUAAAUUAUGUAAAGAUUAUCUAUAAAACAGUAAUCAAUUUAAUUUGAAAGAGUUAAUGUGUUAACGCUUUAAUCUAAUAACGACAUUGUGCCUUUAGUUAUUUAGUAAUUUGCAAACACAGUAAUCAUGUUAUGCAAGCAAACAAAAACGCUUCCGUGAUACAUGUCUUCUCAAACUUUGAUUAAGUGAUAUGUACAUUACAUUAAACGUGUGGCAGGACAUCGGUUUAUGUUGUAAUCUUUGUGUGUUCUUCUAUGUUAUGGUCUAUUGUUGUGUUUUUUCUACGACAGGUUUGAUUCUAAUAAUUAUUUCCGCCUGGGACCAUUGGAAAGGUGUUGGCAUUUUUCAUACGCUUAAAGGCCUAACAGAUAUAAUUAUUGCAAUAACACUUCGGCGAGAUGUGACAUGUCGUUAUCGUAAAUAUCUUUUUUGGGUUCUGAUACUGGCUUCAGUUAUAGUGAUGGGUUUUGGUACAUGUAUGUCAGUGUUCUAUCUUGUGUUCUUUUUUAAGUUUUAAAUACACGAGUUCAGUUGUUUGAUCCUUUCAUUUUAAUGAAAGGGGAAAUGGGGAAGGGAAUGGGGAGGUGUUAUUAUUUCCUUAAUAAGCAAUAUAAUAAUACCCAUUAACGUUUGAAAGUCGUUAUAGUUUUUCAUUAAUUUAAUAACGAUAUAUCAUCUUUGUUUAUGAAAAGAAAUUUGUUAAAUACUAUGUAGCUGAGCAAAGUGUUGAAUUAUGAAAAUAUGCAGAGUCAAAAUAAUCAUAUAACAUAUAAUUCGAUUUAUCUUUUUUAGGUUCGUAUUUAAUAUGGACAGAUUUUAUUCGAAUAAUUAUGGCCUGGUAUACGAUAGUGGACUGGUUGAUGAUAUUUUGCAGUUUUUGGUACAUGUAUGUGUUGUUCUUUAUAAACCAAAAUUGAUCACCAAAUCUUUUAAGAUUGUUGAUAUUGUUUAUAUAUGUAGAUGUCAAGCACUGUUAGUUAUUUUGCAUACAUGUACCCUUAUGGGCUUUAAAGCCUAUUUGCAAUAAAAUAGAAUGUCUAGUGUCUACUAUUAAGACGAAUUAUGUGUGAAUAACAAAACAUUUCUGUCUUACAUGCUUAAAAUAUGGUACGAAAGAAACAAGACAUUAUCUAUGUAUUGUACUUAUUAAGAAGUGAUUUUGUUUGAACUUUUUAAUGAUAUAUCUAAAACAUUGUGUUUAUCUGAACUGAAUAUAGAUUAGCUUUACCAAAUCAUUUAUUCCAUUGAAAGUUUUAUAUAACCUACGAUGUAUCAGGAAAUUGUAUUGCUCAGUUAAACUUCAUCUCUAGUUGAAUGAUUCUGUGUAACUUAUUAUGAAUAUUCAUCAUAGCAUCUACAUGUUCUUGCAUGUUUGGAAUUUUUACUUUUAACACUUACCAAUAUUGUAAGAUAUUUAUUAAAAUAGGUUAGGAUCCAAAAUACCUCACUCAUCAGGGAGUAGCGUUAAAGUUGCAUGUAUGUUCAAAAAUACAAAAAAGCAUAAUAAGUUGUAUGUGAUAGUCUUUUCUUAUUGUAUGUUAUUUUGUCGCCAAUAAAAUUUGAACAAAG